UAUCUUCCCAUCAGAUUCCCAAAUCCAGCAGAUAUGUCUGGGAUGGAUGGGACUGUGGAGGAGAUGAAUGGUACGGAAGUGGACAGCGAGAGUUUGCUGAGGUUCAGCCCUACAUCUGUUUCUACCGGGGCGGCCGCUGCCUCAUACGGACGGACUGCCAGUGUUUACGUCUACGUCUCCAUCUUCCUCAGCUUGCUGCUCUUCCUGCUUACCCUGCUGAUCAUUGCUCUCCACAGGCUGAAGAACAUCAUAUCCUCCAGCUCUUCAUUUCCAGAAUGCAGCAGUGAGGCCGGGAGCUCCUUCACUAACAUG